AAAUAGUGAGAAGACUGAAGAAGAAAGGUGUUUUGUUCAGGAAGAGCCCAGAAUAAGAUCCAUCAAGGAAAAAACAGCACAGGAUGCAUCGCCUCGUCCUCCUCUGUGUGCUGGCGACCGCCUCGGUCACCUGGUCACAGCCUCAUCUGCCUCUGCUCUCCUCAAAGAUGGUCGACUUUAUCAACAAGGCCAACACCACCUGGACAGCCGGGCAGAACUUCCAUAAUGUUGAUAUCAGCUAUGUGAAGGGACUGUGUGGGACCAUACUGAACGGACCCAAGCUGCCAGAGGUGGUUCACAAUGUUGACGGCAUACAGCUUCCAGACAGCUUUGACCCGCGCCAGCAGUGGCCCAACUGUCCCACAAUCCAACAAAUCAGAGACCAGGGCUCAUGUGGAUCCUGUUGGGCCUUUGGGGCGGUCGAGGCGAUAUCUGACAGGUUAUGUAUCCACAGCAAUGGUAAGAUCUCUGUGGAGAUCUCAGCUGAAGAUCUACUGUCCUGCUGUGAUGAAUGUGGCAUGGGCUGUAAUGGUGGUUUUCCCUCCGCUGCCUGGGAGUUCUGGGCUAAGAAAGGGCUUGUGACAGGAGGCCUGUAUGACUCCAAAGUUGGCUGCAGGCCCUACACCAUCGCUCCCUGUGAGCAUCAUGUAAAUGGAACUCGUCCUCCAUGUCAGGGCGAAGGGGAGACUCCUAAGUGUGAGGAGCAGUGCAUCGAUGGAUACUCACCAUCCUAUCAGAAGGACAAACACUUCGGUAGACGCUCGUACAGCGUCCCGUCCCAGCAGGAGCAGAUCAUGACCGAGCUGUACAAGAACGGGCCUGUGGAGGCAGCUUUCUCUGUCUAUGAGGAUUUCCUGCUGUAUAAGACUGGUGUGUAUCAGCAUGUGACAGGAGAAAUGCUGGGUGGUCAUGCCAUUAAGAUCCUGGGCUGGGGAGAGGAGAAUGAGACGCCCUAUUGGCUGGUGGCAAACUCCUGGAAUAGUGACUGGGGAGACAAAGGUUUCUUCAAGAUCAAGCGUGGAAAUGACGAGUGUGGUAUUGAGUCAGAAGUGGUUACAGGAAUCCCACUCAACUAGAUCAAAUAAGUCCUGGCUGUAAUCAAGAGACUUUAAAACAAAGACCUUUAUUUUUGUAAAAACUUUAACCAUUGCAUUUAAAUUUUUAUAGAUUUCAUGUAAUCAACCGAGAUUAAAAUGCACAACAUGGUGAAACAAGAACCUUUUUGCAUUGUUAUUGUUCUAAAUAAACCAUCGUGUUGAUCUGCA